GCCUUUUCUCAAUGAACAUUCCCGAUACAGAGAAAACAGCUAGAAACCUCUCAUCAUUCUGAAGGGUAUCAACUGGUCCCCAUAAGUCGCCAAAAUUUCAUGGUAUUCCAUAUAGAUUCUUUAGCCAACUUUUUGAUUUUCAUUGCGCUCACUUUAUUCCAACGUAGUAGCCCUUCUUAUUCAUCCGUCGUCCUUCCCAUCUGUAACGUGUGAUCAAUCAGUCAUCCCCUUGUUCAUGCAGAAUGAUCACUGAACCAAAAAUAAACAUAAGCUCACGUUUCCGAUUUAGCCAUGUCCUCCUCCUUUUCUUUUACCUCAGUAAUCAUUGUACUUCUCAAAAGACUUGCCCGAACUGUGGCUCCUUACAAAUUCCAUACCCUUUAAGCACGGACCCUAGCUGUGGGGAUCCAUCCUAUAGCCUUCACUGUGAUCCCAAAUCAAGAAAACUCUACUUUUUCACCCUCAAUGGCAGUUCCUAUUCCGUUCUCAGAACCAUGCCUUCGAUUCAGCGCUUGGUGGUGCAGCCAUCACCUUGGCUUUCUAGUUCAUGUGUUACUCAAGAUAUGCCUGCAAGUGGUGGCCUCUGGUUAAACCAGUCACUUCCUUUCAAAAUAACUUCAUCCAACACAAUCUUCCUCUUCAACUGCUCCCCGCGCCUGUUAGUUUCUCCUCUCAAUUGCACUUCUUCGAGUCUUUGUCACCGUUACUUGGAGAGCUCAGGACAUGUUGAUGGUAGAAGAGCUACUCAGUGUGCUAGCGGUCUUGGCCCUUGUUGCACCUUUGUUGCAGGGGGGAUGCCUUCAGCAUACAAGAUACGCCUUCACAGCUCUGGCUGUAAAGCAUUCAGAAGCAUCCUUCAUUUAGAUGCAGAAAAGCCUGCUUAUCAGUGGGAGGAAGGUCUUGAAAUUCAGUGGGCUUCUCCUACUGAACCUCUCUGCAGGACACAAGAAGAUUGCUCUGGGGCUUCUAUCUGCUCACCUGCUGAAAAAAAUGGAGUCUUUCGCUGUCUUUGUAAGGGCAAACACCAUUGGGACCCUAUUGCUGCAACUUGCUUUAAGAACAAGAAAAAGUCUAAAUCACAAAUCAGCUUAACAGUCUCGUUUGUGGUCAUAACAUUUUUUUGCCUAGCCACAGUUAUGGCCAUUAUCUUAAGGAGGUCCAGGAAGCUCUCUCACGGGUCAAAGCAGGCCAAGACUAUAGAAGAUGUGAUAAAGUCAAAUUCUGGAGAGACACCUGCUAGGAUGUUUAAACUGAAGGAGGUGAUAAAAAUAACAAACAGAUUUUCUCAAGACAGUAUUUUGGGAAAAGGUGGGUUUGGGGAAGUUUACAGAGGUGAACUCCAAGAUGGGACAGCUGUGGCUGUGAAGCAAGCUAGAUUGGGCAACCUCAAAAGCAUUCAGCAGAUACUAAACGAGGUUGCAAUUCUUUCUCAAGUCAAUCACAAGAACCUAGUCAGGCUCCUAGGUUGCUGUGUAGAGUCUGAGCAGCCUCUGAUGAUCUAUGAGUUCAUUUCAAACGGGACACUCCAUGACCAUCUUCAUGGUAGGUAUUCCAACUUCCUAGACUGGAAAACAAGGCUGAAGGUUGCUUUUCAAACUGCUGAAGCAUUGGCUUAUCUUCAUUCUGCCGCACAUACUCCCAUUUACCAUAGAGAUGUGAAGUCCACAAACAUACUGCUAGAUGAUGAAUUUAACGCCAAGGUUGCAGACUUCGGGCUCUCCAGAUUGGCUAACCCAGGGCUUAGUCAUGUAUCAACCUGUGCUCAGGGAACAUUAGGCUAUGUGGAUCCUGAGUAUUACCGCAACUACCAGUUAACUGAUAAAAGCGACGUUUAUAGUUACGGGGUUGUGUUGCUAGAGCUUUUGACUUCUCAGAAGGCCCUAGAUUUCUCAAGAGAGCAAGAUGAUGUGAACCUAGCAAUUUUCGUCGGUCAACAUGCCGUCAACGGGUCCAUCAUGGAACUGGUAGAUCAGAGGCUCCUAAUGUCUAAGGAACCAUCUGAUGAUAAAAUAAAAACAAGCAUACAACUAUUCUCAGAGCUAGCACUCAGCUGUCUGAGGGAAAAGAAAAGCGAAAGGCCGAAUAUGAAGGACAUUGUUCAACACCUUCAAUGCAUCAUUAAAAUUGCAGAUCAAGUGAGGAACAGUGAUGAUGCAUCUGUUUAAGAAUGUUGUGUAACUCAGACUCGUGCAGUAGCUAACUAGCUAUAUAUUUUUUUUUUCCCUCUUUGGCCAAACCAGCAAUAUCUAUAUUCGAGUUUCAAUGGCCAAAAGGUUAUUAUGUAAGAAGUUAUCACAUUGUUAGAUAUUCAGACACUGCAAAGUUAAAAGGUUUGAAGGCAUCACAUUAAUAUGGAACGUGGCGGCAAUGGUGUUUUGGUAAUUGAAACAUGAUAGCGAGUCCCAGGACAUGAUAGUGA